AUGGAGCAAAAUGAACGGCAACCCAUGCAUGCAACCUCUUUGUCUGAUGACCAUGGGGAGGUGAAGUACAAAGCUGCCACAUUUAGCUCCAUUGGCGUACCUCUAUCAGAACACCCUGCAACCGAACAACACAACUUUGCAACAUUAGGACAACACCACCACCACCAACAAGGACAUCUGUUGACACCUGCACCAUUUCCACAUCCUUCUUCUUCCAUCAUUCGUUUCGCAGCUAGCGAUUUGUCCUAUCAACCCGAUUCCUUAGAAACCUUUGACUUUAACGCUAUCCCCUCCUCUGAAACCACAAAGGCAAUACCCAACCAUCACCACCACGACCACCAACAACAACACACUAGAGAACAAUUACGACAACGCACUCUAACAGACGAAAGUAGCAGCAUCCAAACAUCCAUGAAUCAGCCAUCAUCCUCGCAUGAAAUUCCUCAUUCUUCUGGUAUGACGACGCUUUCAAAUAUGACAAGCGAUGACAGUACAACAUUGAUUGGACAAGGUCGCAGUAAUACAUAUCAUCCUCCAUCAGUAUCAGUAGCAACGCAUCCUCCUCAUCCUCAUCAUCCUCCUGCAUUACCUGCUGAUGCUUCAAGAGACGCUCGAUUCAAUGCUACAAGACAAAGUUUGAAUAGGCCAUCCAACCCUCCUUUAUCACCACCACCGCCAUCAUCAUCACCAUCACCAUCACCAUCUCCAUCACCCCACCACAAUACAAGACCUUCUACUGAUGGACCAGGCCCUUCCAAUUCAAUGAUUCCAAUGGAUACGUUGACAAGAGGGAAGACUGUGGAUCUCGCCAAAAAGUCAACUGUGAGGAAUUAUCAAAUGUUUCCAGGUCGCAACAAGUUUUUUUGUGGUGGUCGCCUCAUGACGAGCAGAGAAUAUUGGGCAUUCCUAUUGGCAUUGGUUUUAUUGAUUGGACCAUCCGUAUUGUUUGGUAUCUUCACAUGUCCUUUUAUUUGGGAGCAUAUUCAUCCUGCCAUUCCAAUUGUAUUUGCUUAUCUCUUUCUUCUUUCGUUGGCUUCAAUGAUCAAGACAUCUUGGACGGAUCCUGGUAUCAUCCCCCGUGACCUUGAUCCUUUUCCAGCCAUGGACCAGCCCUAUGAUGAUCAUGGCUCCGCUUAUGGCUCUAUGUGGCACCAAGGAUUCCCCACACAGAAGCAAGUACAAAUCAAGGAUAAUACUUGGACAUUACGCUAUUGUGAAACAUGCAGGAUAUAUCGCCCCCCUCGUGCUAGUCAUUGUCGUCAAUGCGACAAUUGUGUCGAAACCGAGGAUCAUCAUUGUAUUUGGCUCAACAAUUGUAUCGGCAAGCGCAACUAUCGACCCUUUUUUGUAUUCAUCACUACCGCAACAUUGCUUUGUCUUUUCGUUAUUGCCUUCUCUGCCGUUCAUUUGAUCCUGAUUUAUCGCGAUUCACAAGAUGAUACCUCCUUCAGUGCCGUCUUUAAUGCAGCUCCGGUCAGCUUCGUAUUAGCCAUCGUUUGCUUUGUGCUCUUGCUCAUGGUCGGUGGCCUAACCUUAUACCAUUGCUCACUCAUCCUACGAGGCAUCACCACUCAUGAACAGCUACGAGCAUCGAUCAUGAAUACAAAGUAUCCUAGCGCCAAUCCUUACAAUAGAGGAAACCCGGUCCUGAACAUGGCUCAAGUCUUAUGCCGCCCCCGACCAAAAAGUUAUCUUCGAAGGCGCAAAUUUGUAGAAACAGAAAAGUUGUAUGCAGAGCAAAAACCUUCCAAAUAA